AGAGAAGGGAAAUUAAUGCCAGGAGAGCUUCCAAAAUUACCAUUUGGUGAUUUUAGUCAAGUUAAUUUCUUUGGACGUGAGCUUUCUAAAAAACAUGGACCCGUAUAUUAUAUCUGGAACUGUUUGACGCCCGUCGUAAUUUUAUCUGAUGCAAAAGCUAUUCGUAGCUUUUACACAGAUCACUAUUCACACAUUAGAGAAGCUGACAUGUUUUGCCUUGGAGCUGUAUUCGAGAGUAUCUUUGGUCGUUGCAUGGCCACAAGCCACGGGAGAGACGAGGUGAAAAGAUGUCGAGGACCUUUCGAGAAGUACUUUUCAGCUUCUUCAACAGUUAAUCAUAUGAACGUAAUUGGACGAGAGUGUAAAGAUUUUAUUCACACCUUGAAGCAAGGACAAGCCAUAAAUCUUAAAACAUCUAGGAUGGAAGAUGUCACGCUUCGAGUGAUCGUGCAUUUAGUAUACGGAGGAGAAGUACUCGAAAAAUACUUUCAUAAAAUCAUUGAACUUCAAAGUAUGCUUGAAGACGCAGUUGCUGACAUUAGUCACGGCACCACACGUCUACCUCUGUACAAAAAAGUGAAAUCGACGACAAACAGCAAAGUAAAAAGGUUUAAUGAAGCAUGGGCAGCCUUUAAUCACGACUUGUUUGCUUUAUACGAAAAAGGAAAGCUUACCGGCAAAGAUGGCUUCUUCUUUGACUCCAUGGCUCUUCUCAAGGGAAACGCUUUGGGGAUCGAUGAAGAAGAGGUAAAAUAA